UGUUUCCCCGAGUGGCUGUUUUACGGCUCUGAGCAUUACAGAUCAGAUACAAGCUACAAUUUCUUAGAGCCAACAACGUUCGUAAAACAUCCUAGUCGAUCAAGAACACACUCUUCCUGUUCUGUCGUCUCCCAUGUUAGAGAAAUGACGAGUGCCAAAGAUUCACUAACCAAGACCAAAAGCUACGAAACGCCAGAAACCACAACGACUUCAGUGUACCGUGCACGUGCUUUAAGUGUAGGGUCGCAGCCAAGAUGUAGUUCUGCGAAACCGUCCUAUAUAUUUGAGGGAAGACGGCGAUUUAGAUCGCAAUCAGAGUCUAUUUGCCCACUUGGAACUUUAAGAAGUACUCCUUCGUUAGAGUGCCACAUCAGCAGUGGACAAGAAGUGUGGAAAUUGCCAGUAAUAUCAGGACAAACAGUUAAGUCAAACAAUUUUGUAGAUAUAACACCAGAUGCCUCGACAGUACCUCAGAGGAGAAGAUCAUGUGUUUUACCAGAUCUGUCAAGAGGGCAGGAGGAGACAAAGUUUAGAGCAACACGUUUGAGGCAAGAACACGUUGAACAAGCAGACAACGGCUUUGAUGCUUCGAAGAGCAAAUCACAGAAUUUGGCGAAAUGGCUCCGCGAUCAACCGCAACUAUAACAAGAUUUAAAUCAUGUCUUUAAUCCUGACGGGAUGUUUUUUUACGGAUGAAUGUUUAUCCGUCAUAUAGAAUUGUAACAGGAAAAAAAUAUCUUUAUGAAGUGUACAUGAUGUUUUACGAGGAUGAAGUUUAGUGACUUAGUCAUAAGUUGAUAGUUUAACCACUCAGUAAUUGCUAACGUUUAUUUCACAAAGAAGUUAGGGGGACAACUGAUUUUCAUAUAUUUUAAACUUUUUAAACUCUUACUUAAUUAAUCAUGUUAAUUUGUUUGGUUAGUGGCGUGAUAGUAAAUCAAACCCUAGUUCUCAGGCCCCGUCCUCACUAAGCCGGAGGAUUUGAUAUACGCAACAAUCACCGGCCAUUUUGGAUUUGUGUUUGAGGAAAACUCGGGUAGGGAAAUCACACGAUUAUCGAGGCGUCAUCGUUUUCAAGAAGUUCCGUUUCCAAAAUGUUUUCCUUUCGCACGAAAACGCAAAGCCGGCUGUUUCAAAUUCUUCCGG